AUGACCGACUCGGCAAGCCAAACGACAUCGGGCGUAGAGGCCGCGUUUCUUGGAUGGUUUCGCCGAUCAGGCGGUGCAUUGGACCCCCGAUGCCGCAUCCAACCCAUCCCUGGAAUGGGGCGCGGUAUGGUGGCAAAAGCACCGAUCAACGUUGGCGAAACCAUCUUUGUGAUUCCUCGGCACAUUCUGCUCAAUCUGAGCACCUCAACACUUGCUCAGAGGUGUAGCGAGGCUGAAGCGUCACUAGCAUCCACAGCACGAACUGGCAGCUCUCAAGCACUCUCAUGGAAGCAGAUCAGCAUGAUGGGAUGGUUGCCGCUUAUCCUUGCCAUGAUGUACGAGCGGAGGAGAGCUGCUCGUGUCUCUUCAUCUACCGAAAACCUACCUCAAGAUGGAGACGUGUCGAUGGAAAAUGUAGAAGCCUCUGCUUCGUCAUGUUCGAAUGUCGCUAGGAUCGAAGGCACAGAUGCUGAAGGGUUACAUCAUCGCCACACCCCUCGAGCACAUGGGGAGCAGACAUGGGGGCCCUACCUCGACAUUCUGCCCACAGAGUUUAGUACGCCCAUGUUCUGGCAAGAGAAAGAUCUAUACCAUCUCUCGGGCACUUCCAUAGCCGACAAAAUCGCAAGAGAUGAGGCUGAGGCAGACUAUCACAACAAGGCAGCCCCCUUCAUCCGCUCCUUGCCAAGCAUCUUCAUGGAAGGAGUGGCUGAAGAACAGCGCGAUGCAGAAUUUGAUCAGUGGUAUUCACUCGAGACAUACCAUAUCAUGGGAUCAAGGAUCUUGAGCCGCAGCUUCCAUGUCAAAUGCCGCAAAAAGGGCUUGGAGGGCAAAACAGUUGACAUGGACGAUCUCAAUGGUGACGAGGUAGUGGAAGAAAACGCAGACGAAUCAGAAGCGGAAGUCUUGGAAGACGAGGGAGAAGUGGAAGCCCAUCAGAUUGGGGCUGGUAACGAAGCACAGAUGCAGGACGACACGAACGAGGGCAGCGAUGCCGAAGGCGACAAACAUGAUGAUGUUGACGACGAUAACGAGGACGACGACGAUGACGACAACGACGACGAUGACGACGAUGAGGAGGAACAGGAGAAUGUUGCCGACAUCUCUAUGACGCCCAUGGCUGAUAUGCUCAACGCGAAAUUUGAGUCGGACAAUGCUCGCUUGUUCUACAAGUCUCACGUGCUGGAAAUGCGUGCUACUAAGCCGAUCGCGGCAGGCGAACAGAUUUUCAACACGUACGCUGAUCCACCCAACAGUGAUCUACUUCGUCGAUACGGUCACGUAGAUGAGCCGAAUGGCAACGACGUUGUGGAACUCGACGCAAAGCUUGUCGUUCAAGCUGCCGUCAAUCGUCUUUCGACCCUGCUAGACUCGAGCGCACAAGAGCUACACAAAGACCUGGAGGCGCGACUCGAAUGGGCCUGUUCUUCUCUGGGAAUUGACGAAGUAUUCAUCCUCAACUAUCUCUUUGCUCCAGCCACCAAGGCACCUCACCGUGCACAACCGGAACGUCCUUCGACCAAGGAACUCAAAUCUGCUGCUACUGGUGGUGGCAUAUCGGAGGAGAUGAUAGCCCUCACCCGCAUUCUCUGCCAGUCUCGCGAUGCGUUCGAAAAAGCCAAAUCCAAGGGCAAAGGUCCCAGCGCACGUGUUGAAGCUCAGGAAGAGCACAUUCUUGCCGGAAAGGGCACCAAGGUUCGCGUUGCUGCGAGUCAGAUCAUGAUGGAUGCGAUUGACCUGCGACUCAAAGAGUACCCUAACGGAGCCAGCAUAGAAGAGGAAGAGGCCAAGCUGUACGGGGCUCGAAAGAGCGAGGUGGAUGGGGAAAACGAAAGACGUGCGUUGGUAGUGCGACUAGGUGAGAAAAGGGUUCUGCUGGAUCAAAAGCGAGUGCUGAAGUACGUGCUUGACAGGAUUCAUGAAGCAGAAAAGGAAGCAGCAGCCAAGGACAAGACUAGCAAACAAGAUGUCGGCAAGAGAAAGGGGGGAAGUGGCAGCUCCAGCAGCAACAAUCCAAAAAGCAAAUGGAUUAGCCAUACGAAAAAGCAGCGCCGUUGA